AUGUGCUUCUUUAACGUAAUUAAGGAUCGGGAGGCUCAACAAACUAUUCAAUCUCUGAAGAAGACCACUACGGGUGAGAAACUAACAUUCAUGGGUGACAUUCUCCACAAAGCCCGCUCCUUCUAUCAAGAUCUAUAUACUCCUGAAGCAAUUGAUCUGGCUGCUGUUGAUUCUCUCUUGGCCAAUGUCCCUGAAGAGGUGAAGCUACCAGAAGCAGAUGCAGAAAGGCUCAUCGAACCACCCUCCGCAGACUCUGUCUUGCUAUUGCUUGACCAUGCAUCCAAGAACAAGUCUCCCGGUUUGGACGGCCUUCCAUUCGAGGUCUAUCAAUAUUUGGCUGCGAAAUUUCCUCCUGUGCUGCGUCUCUUGCAACAACUGUUGACAGAGGCUUUGCAUGGCUUGUUUCCUGCAUCGUGGAUGCAGACGAGGAUGAUGCUCCUGUUCAAAAAGGGUGACCCAGAAUUACUCGAAAACUGGCGAUCACUUUCCUUGAUCAACAGCGAUGCCAAACUAUUCAUCAAGUUGCUUGCCAACAGGUUCCAGAAAGUUAUCUCCCGGCUGAUCACUCCCUAUCAAAUAGGCUUUAUGCCUCACCGGCUUAUCUCGGACAAUGCAUGGUUGAACCGAACUUUGAUGAACAACCUUCGAGCUGCUGCUCCUGAUGACCUCAAUGUUUCUGUGCUGUUGGACCAGGAAAAGGCAUAUAAUCGAGCAAACCCCACGUAUCUGAGGAUGGUACUCCAUCAGUUUGACUUUCCCGCCUCGUUGGUAGAGAGUGUGUCAAGCCUGUUCUUUGGAACACAUAUCUCACUGUCUAUCAAUGGCUGGUUGGGUGUUCCCAUCCAACAACAGCGUGGCCUUCGUCAAGACAAUCCUCUAUCGCCAUUGCUCUUCAAUCUUGCAUUUGAGCCUUUCCUUCGAACCAUUCUAGCGUGCUCAGAGUUACGAGGUGUGGCCAUGUCUACCGAUGGACGCCCUCGGGUUGCUGAACGGAUGGAGGCUGCUUCCUCUCAAAUUCCUCGUUCUAUCUCUGAUGAUUUCUUGCGUGCUCCUGGGCUGCCUCCUCGUGUCAAGCUGCUCAGUUAUGCCGAUGAUCUGGAAGUCUUCCUGACGGAUCCGAGGGAAUGGCCAGUGCUAUUGUCUCUACUGUCGCUAUAUGGUCAAGCCUCCAAUGCAAAAGUCAACCUGGAUAAAACAGUUCUUGCGUCGCUGUCUGGCCGAAGCCACGACGAUUGGAAGCAGCUGGCGGCUGCCUCUAACAUCGAAUGGUAUGAUGAAUCGUCGACCGGCUCUGUUAGAUACCUUGGAUACCCACUGUAUCACACAAAGGGACAGCUGGACCAUUUCUUGGAUGCGAUUACCGUCAAGCUGCAGCGUUAG